CAACGCCCCAUCAAGGAACUAUGUACGUGACGCUAAGGCAAUGGCUGCAACACCAGCCGACGUGAAGGAAUACCCUAAUUCCUAUGUUUUCGUUGUGGACAUGCCAGGGUUGAAAUCCGGAGAUAUUAAGGUGCAGGUGGAAGAUGACAACGUGCUGCUGAUCAGUGGAGAAAGGAAGAGAGAAGAAGAGAAAGAAGGGGCUAAGUAUAUUAGAAUGGAGAGAAGGAUUGGAAAAUUCAUGAGGAAAUUUUCUCUGCCGGAGAAUGCGAAUACUGAUGCCAUUUCUGCUGUUUGUCAAGACGGGGUCUUGACUGUUACUGUCCAGAAGUUGCCUCCUCCAGAGCCCAAGAAACCCAAAACUAUCGAGGUCAAAAUUGCAUGAGAUAUUAGAGUAGUUAAUAAUUACUCUGUUUUCUGGACAUGGGAUUGGGAAAUGCUCUGUUUUGAUGGUAAUAAAAUGGUAGAGAUCUAGGAGUGGUGGUCUUUCCCUCUGUUUGUCUUUAAUAUUUCCCAUGUUUUUUGAAGUAUGAUGAAAUGUGAAGAACUAAAUGUCUAGGUGUGCCAUCUCUUCUUGUUUACUGCAGGGGAGAUGCUACUACUAUCUAGUUUUGUUUCUUCGACUACUAUCAAUAUAGAGAGUGCAAUUGUUCCUAUCCAAUGCAUAAGUGCAAUUAUCUCAA